AUGCCGGAUCUUUUCGUCGGCAACAGCAAAGCAGUCGGGCCGUCCGCUGCGAAACAGGUAGCGGCGGAUGUUGAUUUUGCUGAGGAGGACGAUUUCGAGGACAUUGUGGACUCGGGCGAGCGAGACGAUGACGAGGACGGCCAUGAUCUUCCUGUCGUGGGGGACCUGUGCCGCGACGACGGCGGCGAAGACGAAGACUUUUGCAUCGGCGACACCGAGGCGCACACCCUGGCUGACGAUCAAUUCGAUGCCAUCGUUGGGGCACUGGAGGACAUUGUGGUUUCGGAUCAGUUCCAGAAAACCAUGACAGAUUUCUGUAUUUCAUCAUUCGAUCAUUUGUUUUCCCGCAAAAAUCAUUCAAGAGCAUUAUACCGUCUCCGAAAUUAUCAGGUGAUCAUCAAUCAUUGCGCUUCGCUCUUGGACGAGGCGCAAAGGAAAUAAAACCCGCUCGACUUUACUUAGUUCGGAUGCAACCAUACUUAUAAUUUCAAGAUUCCGCAAUAUUCCCUCGUGUUUUGAAAAAAGAGAAGUGCAAGAUUGAUAAAAUAUACAGGCAAGACGCACUGUCAGUCUUUCGCGGACAACGAAGAGAAUAAGCUGGAAUACACCGAGAUUUUUUCCAAAUGGACAAAGACAAUCGAAAGUUACCUUGAACUGAAGUUACGCGAAGCCAUCGACGGCUUCCGCAUGCAGGAUUUUUUGCAGCUGCUUGGGGAACGAGAGGCCAAGAUCGAAGACGAGAUCGUGGAAGAGGUAGGAACAGCUGAAAUAAGAAAAACACGCGUUCGUUCCUUUCUCAUUCCUGAAGUUGUUGUGCUUCUUGCGUGAUGCAGCUGUGUACGUGAGAUGGCCCCCGCCGGGAGCCCGAGGCAAUUGCUCCUAUGCAAAUCAAUGUUCUCGAUCACGCGGAUACAGGUUCUCGAGUUGCUCCUGAGCGUGAACGACUUUUCGACGUUCAAGCAGCUAAUGCUCACACACAAGCAAAAUGGCGUGACGGGAGGCCAGGAGUUGCUACGGGUCACUGGUGGUGCUGCUACGAUUCACCAAGAUGAAGACCCCGAUGGGGAUGCCAGGCCAGACUUAGACUUCGCACUCUGUGGUAAAAUCAAAUGAAUAAACCAGACCGAAGUUAUUUUUGAAAUAUUGCAUGUCGCAAUUUUGGCAAAAAUCAUGAAAACCUCACCAGCAGACGUCUAGACAUCCCUCCACUUUUGAUGUCUCCAGACACUUCAUUCUUUCUUUUUGCGCAACCGCGUUUCUUAUCUGAUUCAUGGCUGCUCCGACGAGAGACGCAGCCGAAGCGUUGUGCUUCUUACAUACAAAACACGACGAUCAACACGAAGGAAUCAAUAGAACAAAGAGAUUCGUCAUUCUCUGUCUGCAAUCAACGGGGGGACGGAGUGGUUUCUUCUCUGGUGCGAUGAUUGCUCCGCGGGCGCGGCAGCGGUUUUUCCUUUCGUGAACUGCACUUCAAUAAAGCUCAAUGGUACGUGCAAUGUGGAAUUUCAUCUACGUCUGAGAGUGUGC